GAGCAUGCGCAAAGCGGCCCUGCCCGGCCCGGCCCGGCCCGGCCCGGCGCGCCUCUGACAGGAACAACGAAGCGAGCGAGCGAGGGCGGGCGGCCGCGGGGAGGGAGAGCGGGAGAACUGGAGAGGGGGGAACUCUCCUGCCGCUGGCCGCCGCGGCCUCUGCGGUCUCCCCGCCCCGCCCCGCCCCACCUCGCCCUCUACCCCCCCCUCCCCCCGCCCCGCUGAGAGCUGGAGCUGAGGAGGAGGGGGCGGGGAGGGCCGAGUCGGACCGGGCCGAGGCGCCGCUGCUUUCCCGCCCCCUAGCCCUGGGAGCCCCGGGCCCCCAGGCUGUCAUCCAUCCUUCGGGAGCAGCGGGGCCGAGGCCCGGGAUCGUCGGGAGCGAGCGACUGGGCAGUGACUUGGUUGCCACGGUGACAGAAUCCACUAUCCCUGGCUGAUCUCCAGUCAGUUCCUGACAUCAUUCCCUCCUGUUCCUUGUAUGGUCUUCUGGAUGUUCAUCUUGCUGACCUCAGUUGGUGGCAUGGAGGGACACUACCUAGUGCUGCCUGGGAAGUGUGUGUGAGCCACUGACCCAAUGGACAUUAAAAGCCAGUACUGGACUGAUGAUGAUUCAGAUGGGGACAAUGAGUCUGAGGAAUUUCUCUAUGGAGUACAGGGGAGCUGUGCGGCAGAUUUAUACCGACAUCCACAGCUUGAUGCUGACAUUGAAGCUGUGAAAGAGAUCUAUAGUGAGAACUCAGUGUCCAUCAGAGAAUAUGGAACCAUUGAUGAUGUGGACAUUGACCUCCACAUCAACAUCAGCUUCCUUGAUGAGGAAGUCUCCACAGCUUGGAAGGUCCUUCGGACAGAGCCCAUUGUGUUGAGGCUGCGGUUUUCACUCUCUCAGUACCUCGAUGGGCCUGAACCAUCAAUUGAGGUUUUUCAGCCGUCUAAUAAAGAAGGGUUUGGACUGGGUCUUCAGUUGAAAAAGAUCCUUGGAAUGUUUACAUCCCAACAAUGGAAGCAUCUCAGCAACGACUUCCUGAAGACUCAGCAGGAGAAGCGUCACAGUUGGUUCAAGGCAAGUGGCACCAUCAAGAAAUUUCGAGCAGGCCUCAGCAUCUUUUCACCUAUCCCCAAGUCCCCCAGUUUCCCCAUUAUCCAGGAUUCCAUGUUGAAGGGCAAACUGGGUGUGCCAGAACUGCGUGUUGGGCGCCUCAUGAACCGCUCUAUAUCUUGUACCAUGAAGAACCCCAAAGUAGAAGUGUUUGGCUACCCUCCUAGCCCCCAGGCAGGUCUCCCCUGCCCCCAGCACGUGGGCCUCCCUCCCCCAGCACGGACCUCUCCCUUGGUCAGUGGUCACUGCAAGAACAUUCCCACCCUGGAGUAUGGAUUUCUUGUCCAGAUUAUGAAGUAUGCAGAGCAGCGGAUUCCGACACUGAAUGAGUACUGCGUUGUGUGUGAUGAGCAGCAUGUCUUCCAGAAUGGGUCUAUGCUCAAGCCAGCUGUGUGUACUCGAGAGCUCUGUGUCUUCUCCUUCUACACACUGGGGGUCAUGUCUGGAGCUGCAGAGGAGGUGGCUACGGGAGCAGAGGUGGUGGAUCUGCUGGUGGCUAUGUGCCGGGCAGCAUUAGAAUCUCCCAGAAAAAGCAUCAUCUUUGAGCCUUACCCCUCUGUUGUGGAUCCCAGUGACCCCAAGACUCUCGCCUUCAAUCCCAAGAAGAAGAACUACGAGCGACUUCAGAAAGCUCUGGACAGUGUCAUGUCCAUUCGGGAGAUGACCCAGGGCUCAUAUCUGGAAAUCAAGAAACAGAUGGACAAGCUGGAUCCUUUGGCCCACCCUCUCCUGCAGUGGAUUAUCUCCAGCAACAGAUCACAUAUUGUCAAGCUACCUCUCAGCAGGCUGAAGUUCAUGCACACCUCUCACCAGUUCCUCCUGCUGAGCAGCCCCCCUGCCAAGGAGGCCCGGUUUCGGACGGCUAAGAAACUCUACGGCAGCACCUUUGCCUUCCAUGGGUCCCACAUUGAAAACUGGCACUCGAUCCUGCGCAAUGGUCUGGUCAAUGCAUCCUACACCAAACUCCAGCUGCAUGGAGCAGCGUAUGGCAAAGGCAUCUACCUGAGCCCCAUCUCCAGUAUUUCCUUUGGAUACUCAGGAAUGGGAAAAGGACAGCACAGGAUGCCUUCUAAGGAUGAGCUAGUCCAGAGAUACAACCGGAUGAACACUAUCCCCCAGACCCGAUCCAUCCAGUCCCGUUUCCUUCAGAGUCGGAAUCUGAAUUGUAUAGCACUUUGUGAAGUAAUCACGUCCAAGGACCUCCAGAAACAUGGGAACAUCUGGGUGUGCCCUGUGUCUGACCAUGUCUGUACACGGUUCUUCUUUGUAUAUGAGGAUGGUCAAGUAGGUGAUGCCAACAUUAAUACUCAGGACCCCAAGAUCCAGAAGGAAAUCAUGCGUGUGAUCGGAACUCAGGUUUACACAAACUGAGGGGGCCCUGGCCCUCAUACCCCUCUUGUACCCUUCCCCAACAUGGAGGAAGGACAAAUCCCUCUUACUGUGGGACCCAAGAGCGUCAGGGGAGGCCGUUCCAAGGAGCCAGAGGAGAUGUCCCUAAGGGACAGGCAAAGAAAAAGGAGAGAAACAGUCCAUGGGAGAAAUUAGCCUGGGACCCAUUCCAGAUCUGGACAGCCCAGACUAACUCCACCUCCCUACCCUUACCCCUUGUAUUUCCCUGUUGACUUCACCUUGUUUGUAAAUAAACCAAUAAAAUGGAAGGUGCUGUGGA